GUGGUGGAGGUGGCUGGAAUGAUAACACUUCCUUCCUGUGGUCAGGAAAAUCCUUGCUGGAAGGUGCUACUGGAGGAAGAUCCUGCCCCCAGGCCAUGAAGAAGUGGGGGUGGCAAUGCUGCAGAGGACAAUGACCCUGAGAUGGAUGGGGAGGAUGGUGUGUCCUUUAUUAAUCCGAUUGGUACUUUAUACACUCCAGCACUUAAAGUGACAGAGGGGCACGGAGAGGUGGAUAUUAGGCUGCACCUUAACUGCAGUCACUGUGAGAUGGACGAGUGCCGUGUUGAUCUUGAGACUCAAAAAGUCAUUUGCUUUUGUGAGCCAGGCACAGACUUGGCUGAGGAUGGUGUGUCUUGCAUAGCUGAGCCAACGGUCCAUCUCCCUCUCUCCUUGGUUUUGUCAGUAGUGACUUCAGCAUUGGUUGCUGCCUUAAUUUUGGCUUUUUCAGGAAUCAUGAUAGUGUAUCGUCGGAAGCACCAGGAGCUACAAGCCAUGCAGAUGGAGUUACAGAGCCCAGAAUACAAGCUAAGCAAGCUGCGUACCUCCACUAUUAUGACAGACUACAAUCCCAACUACUGCUUUGCAGGAAAGACUACAUCCAUUAGUGACCUCAAAGAGGUGCCUCGCAAAAACAUCUCCCUCAUCCGGGGUUUGGGCCACGGAGCCUUUGGUGAGGUAUAUGAAGGUCAGGUGGCAGGGAUCCCCAGCGACCCCACUCCCUUGCAGGUGGCUGUGAAAACAUUGCCUGAAGUGUGUUCAGAGCAAGAUGAGCUGGACUUCCUCAUGGAAGCUCUCAUUAUUAGCAAGUUCAAUCACCAGAAUAUUGUGCGUUGUAUCGGAGUGAGCUUGCAGGCACUGCCCCGUUUCAUCUUGUUAGAGCUCAUGGCUGGAGGUGACCUCAAAUCGUUCCUGAGGGAGACGCGGCCCAGACCGAAUCAGCUUUCCUCCCUCUCCAUGCUGGACUUGCUCCACGUGGCUCAUGACAUUGCUUGUGGGUGUCAGUACCUGGAGGAGAACCACUUCAUUCACAGGGAUAUUGCUGCUAGGAACUGCCUCCUUACCUGUCGAGGGCCUGGAAGAGUGGCUAAAAUUGGAGACUUUGGCAUGGCCCGGGAUAUAUACAGAGCCAGCUACUAUCGGAAGGGAGGGUGUGCGAUGCUGCCUGUCAAAUGGAUGCCUCCCGAGGCUUUCAUGGAAGGGAUAUUUACAUCAAAAACAGACACAUGGUCCUUUGGCGUAUUGCUGUGGGAGAUAUUCUCAUUGGGAUACAUGCCUUAUCCUAGCAAAAGUAACCAGGAGGUUCUGGAGUUUGUAACCAAUGGAGGAAGGAUGGAUCCACCUAAAAACUGCCCAGGCCCUGUAUACCGCAUUAUGACCCAGUGCUGGCAGCACCAGCCGGAAGAUAGGCCAAACUUUGCCAUAAUCCUGGAGAGGAUCGAGUACUGCACUCAGGACCCAGAUGUCAUCAACACUGCUUUGCCAGUAGAAUAUGGCCCGUCGAUUGAAGAGGAAGAGAAGGUAGCAAUACGCCCAGAAGAUCCAGAAGGAAUUCCUCCUCUCUUGGUUUCCUCGCACCAAGACAAAAAGGAUGACAAGCAAACCCUGCCAUCUCCACCACCCCUGCCAUCAGCCAUCACUGCAGGAAAAGCUCUAGGGAAAGCAGGAUCCUUGGAGCUGUCAGUCCCUGGGAAGGUGCAGGCAGCCUCAGGUGGGGGACAUAUCAACAUGGCUUAUGCCCAGUCCAAUCCCCCUUCUGAGCUGCACAAAAGCAGGGGCUCCAGGAACAAGCCUACCAACCUCUGGAAUCCAACGUAUGGUUCCUGGUUUGCCGAGAAGCAAGCCAGCAAAAACAAACCUCUGCUGGAGAAAGAAAUGCCUGAGAGGGAGAACUUGGGACACGAAGGAAACUGUACUGUGGGGCCCAAUAUAGUGACUGGCAGGCUACCAGGCUCCUCCCUGCUAUUAGAGCCAUCUUCCCUAACAGCAAGCGUUAAAGAAGUGCCUCUCUUUAGGCUCCGUCACUUCCCCUGUGGGAAUGUCAACUAUGGAUACCAACAGCAGGGCUUGCCUUUGGAAGCCUCCACGCCACCUUGUGCUACCAGUUACGAGGACCCCGCCCUUAGAAACAAGAACCACAUAUCCCAGCAGGGGCCCUGAGAGCCCUCUACCCUCUUGACUUUUCCCUCAGUAGUCCCAAGCCUUGAAGAAGUAUCCUGUUACCCAGUACACCAUGAGCAAGUGAUGUGAUGGCAUUACCUUCUAUUUGUGCCAACUUGCUCUAGAAGUGCCACCUUCAAAGCUGUAAUUUCAAAUAACCCAAGAGGCUUCAAAUCACCAGAGCCCCGGAACAGUAAAAUAAGCAAGGGGGAGGGAGGGAGGGUACAGGAAACAAACGUUAACUGCAAGGCCCAGCUUCCUGUUGCAUUAACUCAUCUGCAUGGUUGUUGUCAUGCCCUUCCUGUGAGCUUUUCUCAGUUCUGCGUUCUCUGCUUAAGUGUAAAGCCACGGCUCGCUGCCUUGAGUGUUUCACGUCUGGGAUUUUCCAUGCCAAACUUGUGGUUGCUGAGGAACACUUGGAGAGCACCUGCAACUGGCAGAGGCCAGAGUGGGUCUGGGGAGAGCGUCCUUUGUCCAAACUGAAAAAGGAGAUGACAACUCUGAAUGGUGACGCAAUGGUACGUUCCCAAGUUGUGUUCCAGCUACAGUCUUGUCUUUGAAAGUCCUUGAAUGCACAGCGGUUAUGGUGUCACUGGCAGGGCAAUAGGAAGACUGGUCAGAUUACAUCACUUGCAAGAGACAGCAGGAAGCACAGAGGAUGGGUUCUGGCUUGGUGCAGGGGUGUUGUUUUUCUCUGUGUUUUUUGUUGUUGUUUGUUUUUCUCCUGUGCUUAAAUACUAAAACGGAGUAAAACCCAUAAAAUUCCUUCUGUUCUACAAAUGAAUGUCCUUCAUCACAAACUUGUGCGUGUCAAGUGCAACCAAAGUGAAGCUUUAAAGGACCGUGGUUAUGAGAGAAACUUUAACUGUGCCCUGAAGAUGGACAGCCACCUGCAUAGCUCAGAGGUUUAAAGCAGCCUUCAACAUACCCUGUACAAGCAAGAACAAGAUAAAGGCAGAAGAUGACAUCGUGCCACAAUCUAGAUACCAGAUACUGUCUGUAACUGAAGGGCCGAGAGCCCUUGUUUCUUUAACAAAAUAUGUGUAUGAUAGUGGUUUAAAAACAAGCACUGCAUUGACUCAUUUUGUACACCUUGUGCAUGACAAAUAUUCCAGUAACUGUAUUGUCAAACCAUAGACGUAGGCAAUUAUUCAUGUGUAAAGAUAUGCAUUAGUAACUUGGUUGUAAGGAGCUGUCUUAGCAUCAGUGCUGUCUGAAAAGGGGGUGCCUAUCUCCAUAGAAACGAGUCUCCUGAAGCAUCAGCAAAGGACUAUGGGGAUGUUCUUCAGUCCAAGAAAUACCAUUUCAGUGAAGUGAUUCUGAAUCUGGCCCUGGCUCCAAACACCGAGUGGAAAAGCAGAAAGCAGCAUGAUCUCCAGGAUGUACAGCAUGAAUGGGAAAACCCUGUGCCACCACUCACACGCUCUGAAAAGGACUUAUUUCCCUGUGGAUGUUAUCGGUGUCCUAUAGGCAUUAGGUAGGUUUUCUGAUCCAGUGCUGAUUUGUAAGCUGCUGAAGGUCAAGUAGGUUGGGCUGCCUGUUUAUCUGCCUUUCUCGUUCUACUUCCAUCUUUGGUUUUGCUACUGACCCUUGUUUCUCCAUCAUGCCUGGAAACAACGCAAGGUGUUGGGGUGGUUCUGCUUCCAGCAGGGUGGAGGAUGGAGUGGUGGUGGGAGAGGGUACAUGGAGGUGUUUUGCACACACCCACUGGUUCCGCUCCAGGCAUGCUCACACUGGGUGAGAGGUGUGUGCUAGGCCAUGAAGGAUUGAACUGUGCAUGUUUGCUCCUCUUACUGAGCCUGUCUGCUUGGUGACAAGAACCUUGAGGUAGGUAUAGCAUAGAACUGCCUCUCACAGCUGCAAAGACAUCACAAAGUGUCUGUCCCAGAGUUAAACCUGUCAUGAGAAAAUGUCUGAAUUGUCUGCAUCUGGCUUCUUUUAGUAACAGAGCUUCAUUAGAGGAAUGUCUGUCUCACAUACAGCAGUUUAUGUAACACUGUUUAUAAAGGAAGGGCCUGUGCACUUCAGGGAUACUAUGAAGAAGAAUGCUAAUAUAUGGUCAUUGAGUAUUUUGUAUUGAAUAGUGUCUUUGUAUUGUAAACAAGUGUAGUGAACCAAAAGGCAUGAAGACCAAUAAAAUGGCUGUAACUGGC